AUGGAAAUCACAGAGGAAAAUACUGAACAGGCGUCAAUACCAUUGAAUUCCACAGAAGAUCAUCACUGGGUGGAGAAACUCUUCCCUCCUCAUUUCACAAUACAAAACCUGCUGGAGAACCAGACCAACACAAGUGAAAAACAUUUCACAGGCACAGAAGAACCCCAGAGGGGCAAUCGAAGGCAAAUCUACUUAACUGCUUUGAAAGAGGUGCAGCACAUUGAGAGGUUGCAAAAGAAAGAGGCCCUAGAAAAGAAAAUUAGACACGAGCCAUCUGUAAAUAGACUGCACAGGGAGAAACCAACUACUGAAAACCUUCCUGACCAGAGUGAAAGAGAGGAUGAAAAAGAGAUGUGUAUUUGGAAGGAGACAGACAUCACUAAAAUACGAACUGGUUUUGGAGAGAUGACAAGGGACCGGUGUCGACUUAUGCACAAGCUCAGCUAUACAGAGGAACAGCUAAAAGCCGAACGUAAACAGAGGAGAAGGCUACAGGAGCUGGUGGAGGAGCUGGAGGAACAGUUGAGCCUCUCAAGAAAAAAAUCUGCACGGCAGUCCCUUACGAUCAAUGAUCUGAAAACCGGGGGCCAAAAAUUGAACAUCCAGAUGAACGUGCUUGCUAUACAGGUCAGGGAAAAGGAAGAAGAGGUACAUGGGUAUAAGACAAAUCUGAGGAAAGUAAAGAAAGACAUGCACCAGAUUGAGCAGGAGCGCUCCAGUCUUGCAUUGGAAUUGGGCAGAGUACAAGCUCAACAGAAGACUGAAAGAGACAAACUGGAAAAGGUGGCUCAGAUCGAAAACGAAGCUGCUCUUCUGAAGCUUCAGAGAGAGCUGGAGCAGGUGAAGGCUGAACUGUGUGCCGAGAGGGACAGUCAUACCCGGGGCCGUGCAGCACUCGACCUUUUACGCAGUCACUUUAAUAGCCAAUGA